GCGCAGGCGGGCGGAGCGCGUCGAGGGCGCCGGCGGGCGGGUUUGAAUCUGGUCCGAACGCGGGAAACUGCGGGUCCCGGGGACGAGGGUUACAGAAUAAAUGCCAUAUGAAAAACAGUUUGAUCUGCCAUGGAAAAACGUGAGACAUUUGUACAAGCAGUGUCUAAGGAGCUGAUUGGAGAAUUUUUGCAAUUCAUUCAACUUGAUAAAGAUGCUUCUGACCCUUUCAACUUAAGUGAAUUGCUAGAUGAAUUGUCAAGGAAACAGAAAGAAGAGCUAUGGCAAAGACUCAAGAAGUUAUUAACAGAUGUGUUGGUGGAGAGCCCGGUGGAUGGGUGGCAGCCAGUGGAAGCCCCCGGUGAAGGCAGUAUGGAAACAGAGCAGGGGUCAAAAAUGAAAAAAAACAUAGAAAUAAUUCAUGCAAUUACAUCUGUGAUUCUUGCUUCUGUGUCUGUUAUAAAUGAAAGUGAGAAUUAUGAAGCCUUACUGGAGUGUGCUGUUAUAUUAAAUGGUAUUUUGUAUGCGCUACCUGAGUCUGAACGAGAGCUACAGGGCUCCAUCCAGGAUCUGUGUGUGAUGUGGUGGGAGAGAGGCCUGCCUGCCAAGGAGGACAUGGGGAAGACUGCUUUCGUCAUGCUGCUGAGGAGAAGUCUCAAGACGAAAACAGUGUGUUUGCUUUCUAAAGUACAUGCUGCGUGUUACUUGAAAGUGCAGGGUGCAGACAUCUGUCGGCUAUGGCGUAUCCAUCAAGCUUUAUAUUGCUUUGAUUAUGAUUUGGAGGAAAGUAGAGAAAUUAAAGACAUGCUGCUUGAGUGCUUCAUAAAUGUUAAUUAUAUCAGAAAAGAAGAGGGAAGAAGAUUUCUUAGUUCUCUCUUCAACUGGAAUAUAAAUUUCAUUAAAAUGAUCCAUGGGACCAUUAAAAACCAGUUACAAGGAUUACAAAAAUCUUUGAUGGUACACAUUGCAGAAGUUUAUUUCAGAGCUUGGAAAAAGGCUUCGGGGAAAAUAUUAGAGGCCAUCGAAAAUGGCUGCAUCCAGGACUUCUUGUACCACGGGGUCCACCUUCCUCGGAAGUCUCCAGUGCACACCAGAGUGCGCGAGGUGCUGAGUUAUUUUCAUCGUCAAAAGGAAGUUCGGCAGGGAGUGGAAGAGAUGCUUUACAGAUUAUAUAAGCCCAUCCUUUGGAGAGGAUUAAAGGCCAGAAACUCGGAAGUCCGGUCCAAUGCUGCACUGCUGUUUGUUGAAGCAUUUCCUGUUAGGGAUCCAAAGUUUAAUGCCAUUGAGAUGGAUAGCGAAAUUCAGAAACAAUUUGAAGAACUCUAUAGCCUUUUAGAAGAUCCCUAUCCGAUGGUCCGUUCCACAGGGAUCCUUGGUGUUUGUAAAAUAACUUCCAAGUACUGGGAGAUGUUGCCUCCGACCAUUCUUAUUGACCUUCUCAAGAAAGUAACUGAGGAACUGGCAUUUGAUACGAGCUCUGCUGACGUGCGCUGUUCUGUCUUUAAGUGCCUGCCGAUAAUUUUGGAUAAUAAAUUAAGCCACCCGUUAUUAGAGCAACUUUUGCCAACGUUAAAGUACUGUCUCCAUGACAAUUCGGAGAAAGUGAGAGUGGCUUUUGUUGAAAUGCUGCUGAAAGUUAAGGCUGUGAGGGCUGCUAAGUUUUGGAAAAUAUGCCCCAUGGAGCACAUUCUGGUCCGUCUGGAGUCGGACUCUCUGCCCGUCACUCGGCGCCUGGUGGGCCUUAUCUUCAACUCCUUCCUGCCCGUGAACCAGCCCGAGGAGGUGUGGUGCGAGCGCUGCGUGACGCUGCUGCAGAUGAACCAUGCGGCUGCGCGGAGGUUCUACCAGCACGCCCACGAGCACACCGCCUGCACCAACAUAGCAAAGCUGAUUCAUGUGAUUCGCCACUGCUUGAACGCCUGCAUCCGGAGGGCUCUGAGUGCAUGCGGGGAGGGCGAUGAGGAGCGGGGGAAGGAGAACGUGAGCGCCCUGGACCAAACGCUGUCAAUAAGCGACGCUGCGUCCAUGGCGGGUUUGUUAGAGAUCGUUGUGAUUCUUUGGAGAAGCAUUCACAGGAGUAUGGAGAAUAACAAAGAGGCCAAAGUGUACACCGUUAGCAAGUUCGCCUCUAUGCUGCCAGAGUACAUGAAAGCGUUUAAGGAUGAUCGCUGCAAGACCCCUCUGUCUGUGCUGGCCUCCCUGAUGCCGGCCUCGGCUGUGCCCGCCUUCAGCUGUGGUGUGAUUUCCACACUAAGAAACCAAGAGGAAGGAACAGCUGACAAGAGCUACUGUAUUCUGUUAGACUGUCUCUGCUCCUGGGGGCAAGUGGGACACGUCCUGGAGCUCAUUUGUGACUCGCUGCCGGAAGAGCUGCCUCAGAGCAAGGGUAACUCUGCAUCUAAGCGGAAAGUGCGGGUCCAGGACCCGCGCCCAGUCAAACCCGGGCUGGCGCUGGUCUACACUGAGUACUUGCUGACCCACCCGAAGAAUCGCGAGUGCCUGCUCUCCGCGCCCCAGAAGAAACUGAACCGUCUUUUGAAAGCUCUUGAAACAUCCAAGGUGGAUCUGGAAUCGAUUUUGCAGUCGCCAGGUGGGAGCCCUCACCACCUGAGUGAAGGCACUGCCCUGCGAGCCUUCAGCCUCCACUGUCGGUUGAGUAUCCAUCUUCAGCACAAGUCCUGCUCAGAAGGCAAAGUUUACCUGUCCACUUUGGAAGACACUGGGUUUUGGUUAGAAAGCAAAGUUUUAUCUUUUAUCCAAGAUCAAGAAGAAGAAUAUCUGAAGCUUCACAGGGUCGUUUAUCAACAGAUUAUACAGACCUACCUGACUGUGUGCAAGGAUGUCAUUGUGGUCGGCCUUGGUGACUGUAUGUUUCAGACACAGCUUUUACAGCGGAGCCUGGGAAUCAUGCAAACAGUGAAGGGAUUCUUUUAUGUUUCAUUACUUCUUGGCAUUCUGAAAGAGGUAGCCAGAAGCUCCUUGACGCAGAAAGCAGAUUCAGAGAAAGAAGUCUCAACAUUGUUUGAUUUGGUGCAGAAAGUAUUUCAGCAAAUGUUGGAAUGUAUGGCGCGGAGCUUCAGGAAGCAACCAGAAGAAGGCUUGCAGCUCCUUUAUUCUGUUCAGACUCCUCUUCAUGAAUUUAUCAGCACCGUGCAGUCCUGGCACGUGGACACGCCUGUCCACCGGGGCGUGCUCUCCACUCUGAUUGCCGCGUCCGUGGUCGAGAUAAGUCACCGGCUCCGAAAGGUUUCUGAUAGCAAAGAGCUUACUCCCCCAGAAGGUCUUUCAGCCCUUCCACCAUUUUCAAGGUGUUUAACAGGAAUAAUAAUAAAAUCUCCCAACGUAGUCAGGUCAUUUUUAGAUGAAUUGAAGGCAUGUGUUAUUUCUGAGGAUAUUGAAGGCAUCGUGUGUCUCACAGCUGUUACGCACAUCAUCUUGGUUAUUAAUAAAGGUAAACAUAAUAGUUCAAAAGUGAAGGGUGUUGCAGCUACUGUUCACAGAAAACUAAAGACAUUCAUGGAAAUUACUUUGGAAGAGGAUAGCUUGGAAAGGUUUCUCUAUGAAUCAUCAUCAAGAACUUUGGGAGCACUUUUGAAUUCAUAACCAAGCCAACAUCUUGGUCAUUAAAAAUAGAGAAAAAGGACUUACAGAAAGCGAGAUGAAUGUGUAUUUUCCUAGUGUUUUUAAUGUUAAUAACCCAUAUAGUAGAGAAGGGGUAGGAUUUAUUUUGGGGUGGGUAUGAGUAGAAAACUCAAAGGUUCUUACAUUUUUGCCCAGCGCCUGCAUAAAUGAGACAUUUAAUGUAACAGGCUCCAGGUAUGAAUGGUGCAGAAACCCACAGUGCAAAGAAAAAAAAAAGACACCUUUCUAGCAAACCCAGUUGUUUUAAAAAUGACUUUUAUAUAUAAUAUUGCUUGCAAACUAUGAGUAAUAAAGCAAUGACA